AACAAGAAAUCAAGGAUUCAAGGAAACUCACUGCAAAUUGCCAAAUCCCUUCAAGAGCAAGGAUCAACCGUUAUAGAGUUACGGUUGAUAAAAAGUGUAAGACGAAAGACUGAAGAUCAAGACCUACAGGUGAGCUACCCGUGGAUUGCUGGCGAUCUCGCCUGCCAACACUAUUCCAUAAAGUUUGCAAAUAAUUUUACCCGUCCGAAAUGGGCUUUGACUUCUUUCCCCGGAAGUGGAGUUACAUGGACUCGUCAGCUGAUCGAAGGUGUAACAGGGAUAUACACUGGAACUGUCUACGGCCCCGAUGAGCCCGGCAUCAUCGAUGGAAAACAUUAUGGGAACCAGGCAGAUUUCAAUUGCGGAUGCACCAUUCUCAUUAAGGAUCAUGGAUAUCCAGAGACUUAUCCCUUUUUUGGGAGUUCUAGUGUGUACGAAAACCGAGGAAUUCUUCUUCUUCGAAAUCCCAUAGAAGCCCUUUUUACCUCUGCUCAUUACCUCUGGAGUGACAACAAACAAAAAGAAUUCGCAAAUGCGCAAAAAUUGCAGCAGGAUCAUCCGUGUGUUCUCCGACUGAUCCAAGAUAUUUAUGUACGUCAGCCGUCUCCUAGAAACAUCCCCUAUAAACUUGUUGACCCUGAGUUAGUUGAUCCCUCCGAUGGACAAUCCAAGGGGAUCCUGCGACUUUUGCGCAACCAUACGAAUGGCUUUUUUGUCGAGUGUGGUGCUUUUGACGGUGAAUACCUUUCCAAUACGUUAUACAUGGAACGAUCGCUUAAUUGGACUGGCCUAUUGAUUGAAGCCGAUCAAAAUGCUUUUCAUCAACUUUCAUCCCGUAACCGGAAAGCUUAUACAACACCAGUUUGUCUGAGUACAAAGCCAUAUCCUAUUCAAGUCUUGUAUGAUACAUCUAAUGCACUUUUUGGUGCUAUCGUCGAGAAAGAUGAUGGUGAUAAACCUGAACAUGAGAGUAGCAGUCAAAAUGAAGAUACUUUAACAGUUAAUACCACAGUAAAUGUUCACAAAAAACAAUGUUUCCCUUUCUACUCCCUACUGCUCGCCAUUGGCAGAACUCAAAUUGAUUAUUUCAGUUUAGAUGUCGAAGGUUUCGAGUACAAAAUAUUACAGACUAUCCCUUGGCUCAAAGUCGGCAUUAAGACGUUAACUGUGGAGUGGAAUCACGCACCUGAAGGUGAAGCUGCCAUAACUCGUUUGAUGGAAAGGAACAAAUUCGUCAAGUUCGGUCAUAUUGAAAUGUCAUUUUCACGCGAAGUUGUUUACGUGCAAGAUUUUCUUAACGACCUUAGACUCUACGAAUAAAUAGACAUGAAAACCCG